AUGUCACAGGGCUUAACAACUCAGGAUGAUGAGUAUCAAAUCAGGGAUCUGAGACUCCCAGAUCCCAUUUUGGGGAAUGCAGUAAGCCAGGAGGCAAGACAUUGUGGGAAUGGAUGUGAUGAGCAUGACAAAUGGCAAGGCAGACAGGCCAAUGAAGGGUCUCAAGGAUGUCAUGCUAAAUAUGAGGAAGCUAGCAAACAGAAAUGAAACUUAGUAAAAGAUUCAGAAGAAUCUGAUAAUAUCUCAUCGAAAUGUUGCACUCAAGAUCAUAGCGUUGUUGAGAAAUUAACUCAGAGCAAUAGAAAGAUAGAGCAACUCAGAAAAGAAAACUCUGAUUUAAAGAAGAGCUUACUUAAAAUACAGAAGAACUACCAAUAUGCUCAGGAGUCUUUUCGUCAGAGAGACAAGCAUCUAAAGGAAGCAGAGAAGAUGAUUCAGAACAGUAACAAAGGCCAAUUAGUAGCAGAGUGUGUUCGAUUGAAGAGGACUAUUAAAGACUUGACUGAAGAAGUUGAGAAUUUCAGCAUCUUAAACGAAAAGUUAUUUGAUGAUCUAAAGACACAAGAUUUUUUCCAAAAAUACCAUGAACUAUCCGAAAAAUAUUGCCAGAUUCAGAAGGAAAAUGAGAGACUGAUCGAUCUGAAAAUUACAAAGCUCUGUGUGGGCUUUUCGAAGACAAGGAGCUCCUUUGGAGUUUAUGAUAGUUCUGAUUUUUUCAAUACUAAUUCACAAGGACGAAAUAAAGCUCAGCAAGAUUUGAAUCAAGAGGAGUACAGCAGUUAUUUCUCUCCUUCUCAGCCUAAGAUAAAAAGUAAAAAGGUUCCAAGCAAGGGUCCAGAGGGUAAUCAAAGUGAUACCCAGCUUCUUACAAGCUCGAGAGAUAAAAGAAUUCUGGCUAAGAAGAAAAGGAUGCCUUUGAAAAGAAACUGAAAUAUACAACCAUUUGGACUAUCAACAGCAGCUUCCAAAACCCCCAAAAAUAAGGAGCGCUCUAUGUGAAUUGCAGAAAUCAUGAAGAGCCUUAACUCAACCCAGUUGACCACUGCCAACAUCUCAGAAGAUGCAUGUGGUAAACUAACAAAGCAUGAUAGUGUCCCUCAUCAGGACAAAAUUAUUUCCAAAGGGAAUAAAAGCCCAAGCAAGACACUGGUGGUACUAAACCCAAAGAAGGGGUCUAAGCGACUAAGUAUUCCGGUUACGUCAAGAUCGAAGUACCUGACAAGUCUCAAGCUGAGAAAGCAUUAGGUGAAGCAUGAAUUGGAUGACC